GGGGGUGCCCUGAAGAAGGGAGCCAUCGCCAGGACGCUGCAAGCCGUCAAGAUGGUGCUGUCCUACAACCCCGACCUGCUGGAGUGGGACUCCCCCCACCGCACCAACCAGCAGCAGUGCUACUGCUACUGCGGGGGACCCGGCGAGUGGUACCGGCUGCAGUGCUACCGCUGCCGGCAGUGGUUCCACGAAGCCUGCACCCAGUGCCUCAGCGACCCCAUGAUGUUUGGAGACAGAUUCUAUGUGUUUUUCUGCUCCGUAUGCAACCAGGGACCUGAAUACAUCAAGCGCCUGCCCCUGAGAUGGGUGGAUGUCGUCCACCUCGCCCUCUACAACCUGGGCGUACAGAGCAAGAAGAAGUACUUUGACUUCGAGGAGAUCUUGGCCUUUGUGAACCACCACUGGGAUCCGCUGCAGCUUGGGAAGGUAAAACCCUGCAGCCUGGGUGCCCCUCACCAUGCCCUGAGCUGCUACAAAAGCAGGUUUCUGUGUGGGAAGGAGAUCAAGAAGAAGAAAUGCAUCUUUCGCCUGCGGAUCCGCGUCCCGCCGAACCCCCCCAGCAAGGUGCUGCCAGAGAAAGCCCCGGGCGUGGACGAGAGCGGCUCCUGCGAGCUGAAGAAGAAGGGGAAGAGCAAAUAUGGCCACAAAGAUGGGUGAGAGACCAAGCUCAGCCGCCUGCCCGCAGCCCCUGGGGUACCCCACGGCCUCACCCCCCUUGCUUUGCAGCAGCUCCAGCAGCAGAAGCGGCGAGCGGCACGGCGCAAGAGGGCCAAGUUCCUGCUGGAGGAUGCCAUUCCCAGCAGUGACUUCACCUCGGCCUGGAGCACCAACCACCACCUGGCCAGCAUCUUCGACUUCACACUGGAUGAAAUUCAGAGCCUGAAAAGUGCCAGCUCAGGACAGACUUUCCUGUCGGAUAUGGACUCCACUGAUGCUGCCAGCACCUCGGGCUCAGCCACCACAAGCCUCUCCUACGAGUCUAGGUGA